CUGGCCUUUGCAUUUCUGUGCAUUGAGUGUAAAGAAACGUGAUGUGGUAUUUGACUCAGCAGUCUGGUUGGAGACCAGAGUCAUGAACAAACUAAGUAAAGAAAAUCUACACAUGUGAAUGGAGGGUCUGGAAGAGAUAACGGAAAUCCCAGUGGCCCAGACAUUCACUCCUAGUGACCAACAGCUGAGAGGAAGGAGAUUUCCCGGCCCCUUGUAGGGGAGCAAACCAAACACCCUGAGCGGGAGAACAAAGAGGAAAGGAGCAUGGGUGCCAGUGUUUUUCCUCCUUGGACUAUUCUGGUUUCUACCAGCAGCAAGCGCACAGAGGACAAACAGAAUUGGCACAUGUCAGACUGAGACUCUGGGAAGAGAAUUCAUCACCUCCUACAUGGCGGACUUUGGGAACUCUAGUCAAUUUGAAGUGCAAAUUACUGGCUACUUUGCCUUCACUUCAGUGUCUGUUUCCAUCUCCAAUUACACGGGUGAUGGGGGAAGGUUUGAGGAGAAGAUUAUGGUAAAUCAGGGAGAGAUGGUGUGGGUCAGCCUACCAGAGUCAGUUGGAAUUAAGGGCACUACCAAGUUCUCCAAUGUGGUCCUAGUCAAGGCUGACAAAGAUAUCUCAGUAGUGUCCGUCAGCAACAAACAUGUGAGCCCUGAGACCACUGUGCUGUAUCCUGUCUCCAGCUUGGGAAAUGAACACUACAUAGUGACUCCCUCUACAGUAUCCUUAGAUAGUUACCCAGAGUUCUCUGUUGUGACGUACCAAGAGCCCAACUCGGUGGAGGUCCAUGUGAAAGGCAAGUUACAUUACCUAACACAGAUCUACUCCACUGGCACCAAACUGGAAAUUAAGCUCCGCGCUUUCCAAGGCAUCCAGUUACAAGGCAUAGCCGAUCUGUCUGGCACCAGGAUUGUCUCAGAAAAGCCAGUGGCUGUCUUGGUUGGCCAGGUGUGUUUUUUUGAUAACACAAAAUGCAACCAUGUCUUUGAGCAGCUCCUGCCAGUUUGCAGCUGGGGUACAACAUACAUCAUUCCUCCCUUACCCUGGCAGAAAGUAGAUGAAAUAGUCUACAUCACUGCUUCCCGGAACACAACUAUGUUGUAUCAAGUAGGGGAACAGGCAGAGACUGUUACUCUAGCAGGAGGCAGUGUACUCCAGCGUCCUGUCAAGCCCUCGAUCCCAGUCUACAUCUCUGCUAAUGUGGGCAUCCAGGUGGUGUUCUACAGCGUGGGCGCAGCUCUCCCUAAUUCCUCCCACGCCUUCCUGAUGAAUGUUCCAGAUGUUGCCAGUUACUGCCGGAUGUAUUCUAUACAUGCCCAGCAGGGCUUCGAGAACUUUGCCUUGAUGGUGGCCAAUACAUCAGAGACUGGCGCCAUCAUCCUAGACAAUCAGCCUGUAAGGGAUGUGGUGUGGAACCGAGUCUCUGGCACUGAGUUCAUUUGGGGCAUGCAUACGCUUGCACCUGCCAUCAGAUCCCAUGCUGUGGAACAUCCCAGCUCUCCAUUUGCGCUCCUGAGUGUUGGCACUGCCGCCAUGGACAGCUAUGGGAUUCCGGGUUCCUGCAGGAAGAAUAUACCCUUUAAAUCCCUGACUGAGACUCCACAAAUAAAAGAGCAGAUGGAGAUGUGCAAAGAUGUCUUUCUGCAGGGCAGCACCAGUGAAUUUUGCUCCUUCAUGAAAUCAACCUUAGUGAAUUUGGACACCAUGUAUGCCCAGGACAGAGCAGUAUCGCUGCAGGAAGUUGCUGGCCCCUUUGGUUCUUUCCUGAAUGACUCCACUCUCAGUGCUGGUGGGAAUGAGAGCAAGAGGGAGGUGGCCUCUGCCGUGACGUUCCUCCUGCAGAGUGUGGAAUUGGCUGCACUGUCGGCUGCUUUGAGGUCCCCGGAGAUGAAGACCCAGAACUUGACAACAGAGUCUAUGGCUAUCGAGACGCUCCUCGUUGUCCCGGCUGCAGGUCCCUGUGAUGAGGUCUUCAGGCUGACAGGUCCGGAGGAGACAAUGGACAUUCACUGCGAUACGGUUACCAGAGCAGUGACAGAAGAUUCUGUGGCUGUUGCUUUUAUUUCUUACUCCACCCUGGACUCCAUCAUUGACAAGAGAUUUCUCAACAAGGGAGAUCUAAUGGCUGAUGAGAAAUUGAGGAAUUUUCACCUGAAUUCCAGGGUGGUGAGUGGGGCUAUUGGAGAUGGGAGGCCCAUGAAUAUCUCCAAACCUGUGAACUUCACUCUGCGCCAUAGACAGGCGAAGAAAGAGGAGGAAGAGGCUCACUGCGUUCACUGGAAAUUCAUCGCUGGGAAAGGCACCUGGGCUGAGGAUGGCUGCACUGUUCUCCACACGAACAGCACUCACACCAUCUGCAGCUGUGACCAUCUCUCCAGCUUCGCACUCCUUAUGGGUCACACCGAAGUGGAGGAGAGUUACCCACUGACCAUCAUCACCUACAUGGGACUGACCCUUUCCCUGCUGUGUCUCCUCCUUGCCAUCCUCACCUUCCUCCUGUGCCGCUCCAUCCGCAACAUCAGCACCUCCCUCCACCUGCAGCUCUGCCUCUGCCUCUUCCUGGCCAACCUGCUCUUCCUCACCGCGGUGACCCGCACCGGUAUCCCCCCACCUCCAAAUUCAGUAUUUCCCUUCCCAGAAGCAAAGUCCCAGAGCUCUGUCUUGUCCUGUCCUCAGGUGGUGUGUGCUGUCAUUGCUGGCUUCCUACACUACCUCUUCCUGGCCUGCUUCACUUGGAUGUUCCUGGAGGGGCUGCACCUCUUCCUCACCGUCAGGAACCUGAAGGUCGUGAAUUACACCAGGGCCAACCGGUUCAAGAAGAGAUUCAUGUACCUGUUCGGCUACGGAUCCCCAGCCCUGAUAGUGGCUAUUUCUGCAGCACUCAACUCAGAUGGCUAUGGGACUCCCCAAUACUGCUGGCUCAACCUGGAGAGAGGCUUUAUUUGGAGCUUCCUGGGACCAGUCUGUGCCAUAAUCCUGAUAAAUUUAACAUUUUUUCUUGUAACCCUCUGGAUCCUGAGAGACAAACUCUCCUCCCUUAAUGAAGAUGUGUCCACUCUCAAAGACACCAGACUACUGACUUUUAAAGCUAUCGCCCAGCUAUUCAUUCUGGGCUGCACAUGGAGUCUUGGUCUCUUCCAAGUCGGCUCAGCAAAAAUGGUCAUGGCGUAUUUAUUCACCAUUGUCAACAGCCUGCAGGGAGCCUUCAUCUUCCUGGUGCACUGUCUCCUCAAUCGCCAGGUGAGAGAGGAGUACAGGAGAUGGAUUAAAAGCACAAGAAAACCCAGCCCCACAACUCAAAAUUUUAGUCUAUCCGUGUCCGCUGUCACUACCAGCACCAAGAUGGUGAGUUGGGGAGAGCCCUCCACUUCAUCUCCGUGAAACAGUCACCUCUCCAACCACCGAUGUUUAUCAUACAGCCGGCUUUGCUGUGCCAGUGGGGCAGGUGCUUCAGCCGCCAUUCUGCAUCGCAACUGCAUACACAACCUGGAAGGGGAAGCCGGAUUGGACUAAAUCCUCUCUCUGAUCCAAAUCCACAACUCCUGAAUUCAAAAGCCACCCUAGGGUUGUAGCUGGGUAUCUCUCCCAGAUUUAAAGGGCCAGAUCCCAGGUCAGAGAGCAGUUAUUUCUUGGGGAAAGCACACCAUGGGGCGG